AAUCUUUGUUGCAACACCGAUCACCUGUGCUAUUUUAUCAGGUGGAAACCAUCGGCGAUGCUUACAUGGUAGCAAGUGGCCUUCCUAUCAGCAAUGGCACCAAGCAUGCUUUGGAGAUAUCCAUGAUGGCUCUGCACUUCCUGGGCGCCAUUCAGGUCUUCAGAAUCCCUCACAAGCCAGAUGAGAUCCUUGCAAUUCGCAUUGGCAUACACUCUGGUCCAGUGGUUGCUGGAGUGGUGGGAACCACUAUGCCUCGCUACUGCCUCUUUGGUGAUACAGUAAACACAGCCUCACGCAUGGAGAGCAACGGCUUACCACUAAGGAUUCACAUAUCUCAGUCCACAGCUGAUAUUCUUGUUCAAGCUGGAUCUUUUGAGUUGAAAGAAAGAGGGGACAUCGAAAUGAAGGGUAAGGGAGUCCAGAAGACCUAUUGGCUGCUGAACAAAGCUGGAUUCAAUCCUACUCUGAAUUCGCUCAGCUCACUACAGGGUGACGGUCUCAAGGUGCAAAUGGAGAAACAAGAAGUGAUGAGAUCUGCAGUUGCAAAGUCCCAGUUAAUCCAACCCAAAUCAUCGAUGACCACAGUGCAUGUCUAGGU